CAUACACAGCAGCAGCGGCGGCGGAGCUACGGCAGCGCCGCAUCCCGGAAGGACGAGACAGACGCCUGUUAUAGCAACAGAGCUAACCGCGUCCGUGUGUGUGUGUGCUGUCACAGGAGGGGAGCGUCAACACAACCUGAGGAUACAUUUUAGCUUCUCUAUCUGAAGACCACAGUAGACUAUACAAAACUGAACGGCAAGGACAUGGCGACAUCCAGCUCUUGUGUUGUGAUCAGUGAUGAGGAGCAGGGGUAUGACCUGGACCUCUUCUGCAUACCAAAGCACUAUGCCUCAGACCUGGAGAGGGUCUACAUCCCACAUGGACUCAUCUUGGACAGGACAGAGAGACUGGCCCGAGAGAUCAUGAAGGAAAUGGGGGGGCACCACAUCGUGGCCCUCUGUGUGCUCAAAGGGGGUUACAAGUUCUUUGCAGACCUGCUGGACUACAUCAAGGCCCUGAACAGGAACAGUGACCGCUCCAUCCCAAUGACAGUGGACUUCAUUCGCCUCAAGAGCUACUGUAACGACCAGUCGACAGGUGAAAUCAAAGUAAUCGGUGGAGAUGACCUGUGUACGCUGACAGGCAAGAAUGUCUUGAUUGUGGAGGAUAUUAUCGACACAGGGAAGACAAUGAAGACAUUAUUGCAACUCCUCAAACAGUACAAUCCCAAAAUGGUCAAAGUAGCAAGUUUGUUGGUGAAGAGAACACCAAGAAGCGUUGGCUACCGACCCGACUUUGUUGGAUUCGAGGUCCCUGACAAAUUUGUGGUGGGAUACGCACUAGACUACAACGAAUACUUUAGAGAUCUAAAUCAUAUCUGCGUCAUAAGUGAAACAGGGAAGGAGAAGUACAAGGCAUGAAGAGCACUUCAGUGUUUAAUGGAGGAUUAUAUCUUUUCCUUUUGAGGUUCAUUUUAUACUUUAUUACUACAUUUGUGUCAUAAAAGUACUCGGCCUGCUCAGGGUCCCUGAGGAUAGGCUUAUGGAGUACAGGGUAACCUGGAGAGGAGAACACUUGACAGUUGCAUUGCCUGUUUUAGCCACCACACACACUAGAUUCAACUUUUGAAAAAAUGGAUUGCCUUAGAUAUAAACACAUCUGGGUUAAACAGCAUGGAGCCCAGCUUCACCUGAAAUUAGUAUAAUGCUUCUCUGCCCCCACACUGAUUAAUUAUUUUUUUAAACAAUGGAGUAAUUUAUUCAGAGCAGUGCUAUUCAACAUGUGACAACCUCCUCUUUAAUAAAAUACUGCUUUAAUAUUAAUUCUACUUUUACCUGGAACUAUCAGUCGCUGUUUUAUGGGCACUCUUAAAGAGGAUGUCACUUUUUUUUUUUUUUUUUUUAUUUAUCUUUAUGUAUAUUUUGGGACAAAACACUUUUCUAUGGUACUGUGUUGUGUGAUAAGAUUUUCUUAUGAUGCAAAAAGUAACACGAAUGUUGGCUGCUGUCCCUAAUUAAACACAUGGGUAUGCUGAAGAUGAAAUAUCCUCUUAUUUACGAGUGUUAAUGAAAUCGUUGUCUGAACAAAACAUCCCUGCAUCCAAUUUAUUUGUGUAACAUAAAAGACAGAUCCUUUUUAUGCUGGAAAAUAUGUAUAGUUUACGGACGUGUAAAUGUCCAAUUGAUACUCAGACUGAAGUUACGUUAUUCAAUCAUAUGUUUGAAAUACUUAAUCUGCCAUUGAAUCAGACAUAAUUUGAACUUUGAAUUGUAUUUUUAAUAUUUCUACUGUAUGAAAUGCUCUCAUUCAAUGGUACCAUCACUGUAAACCAGUGUCAACUGAAUUUUGCAAUACCAGCCAUAAAAUGUUCACACCUCUCCUGCGACUAGAGGAUUAUACUGCUUAUAUUAUGCUUUUUAUACAAUAUAACACCAAAUACUUGGAACAUUGAAAUCAUUUCUGGCCAAUCGAUAGUGAUAAUACUUGGAAAUGCAGCAGUAGAAGAUAAAUUACUUCCUCAAAAAAUUGUUCAGUCGUAUCUGAUGUGUCAUGUCUAGGAGAUAACAGAACUCCCGGUUUUCUAGGAAUUAAAUAAGAUGAGUCUAGACUAGUUUGCUCUUGAACUCCAAGCUGCCUAUCUGUAUAGUAGGUCAGUGAUUACGGCCAAAGAAAGAACAUGGUGUCUGCUGUAUCACCAUUAACUGAGAGUCAUGAAAAGGUUACACAGUUGACUGAAUUAAAUACCUGCUGAAGGCCUUUUUCUUCUUGAACAAAUGGUGAUUGCAAAGCAUAUUUUUCUCAGCCAACUGUGUCCAAUUAUUAUGUGAGCUUAUUUGAAAUUGUUCCCUGUAUUUCUUUAUUAUUUUAUACUGAUAUAACCUGGAUGAUUUGCAAGUCAAGGAAACCUGAUUAAGUGAAUAUGAUUUUUAAUUACAAUUAAAUGAUUUUCUAAGCCUCUGUAACACCAAACAUUUGCUGAUCAAAGCUUAAUAAAUGCUUACAUUUGCUUGUUUUAA